GCAGGUCGGCCUGCAACCGGUUUCUACAACCGCAACAGGACGAGUGGACGACUCGCCUGUCGCCUCCGACGACGCCAGGUCCGGCAACCAUGGGCGCCGCGGCGGCCGACCUCGAGGCGCGUCAGCUCCGCAUCCUCGGCCGUAUUGCCGACCUCGAGCUCGCCGUGCAGCAGCACCGCCUCGGGGCGCUCUCCGUCUCCGCCGCGCCCUCGGAGAACGGCGAGGCCGACGCGGGGGCCACCGAGGCGCGGCUCUCGGCCCUCCUGGCCACGCGCGGCGUGCGGGACUUCGCCUUCCGUCGCGUUCCCGCCGACUACUACGACCGCUCCCUCGAGGAGCGCCGCAGCCUGCUCCGAGCCGACUCAGUCGCCCAGCUCUGCAAGAGCAUCGUCAUGGUGAACACCCAAGCUGCUGCAGAUGUUGUUGAUUGCAGCAAUCCAAAGAAUUCAAAAUACUAUGUCAUUGUUGUUCAGUAUAAUGCACGCCUUAAUGCUGAAAACAUCAAGAACUUCCUGUAUGAACUAAAUGAGAAGCAAAUACCCAAAAAGAGAUUUAACAUGAGGUUGGCACCAGAAGAGGAGUCGCACAAACUUACUGGGUUUGUGCAUAACGCUGUCACUUGCAUUGGGAUGGAAACAAACAUACCGGUUAUCAUAGACGAAGCUAUCACCAAAUUGGAUGAGGAUUUCUUCUGGCUGGGCGGUGGAGAAGUUGACCUCAAGCUCGGGAUGCGAACCUCACAAUUCUUAAGUGCCUUUAGUCCAUUCGUGGUGAAAUGCAGCUGAAUCUGGUGAUAGUCGUACAACCUAAGAGAAGCUUCUGAUUCAUUUUAUUUCUACCGAGCCUCCAUCCACCCAUCACAUGGAGGUACACCACAAUACAAGUAGGUUUUGCUUGGAUCUGGGGUUUGGAUGUCUGUCUUUUUUGGAACAGCCUAUUCCUGCUCAGUUGCUCGCCACACAUUAUUUACAGCUGAUUGUUGUUAAGAUUGAUGUGGUGGAGGGGACAUUCUUGGGAAGAUUGAGAUAUUUGCCACAACUAGGCAUAUAGUAAUACUCUUUGUAGUUCGUGCCUAAAAUUAACACUGGUUACUCGUUUGGUGGUUCGGUAAUGGUAACUUAUCAGGAAGCUCUGCCGACA